CUCUGUCUAUCAGUAUACACCGUGCCUCAUAAGCACCCAAUAGGCGAGUGACAAACCGUGCGCUCUCACACUUUGCCAUCCUGCCAGAUACAGAGAAACAAUGGGAGACGAUAACUGAGGCAACCACAAAGAGAUACACACUGAGACCGACUAUGGCUGUGGACGCUGCGUCCAGCUUCAGUUUCUGCCGUGCAUCCCUGGAGCAAACAGUGUCUGCAGAGGAGCUGAGCUACCAACCGCCUCGCCGGCCAGGGUCCAGUCUCGCCUGGCAUGAUGGGAGGGGACAGAUGAACACGUACACACGCACCGUCAAACUACUGCAGCAACCUGGCACAGAGGGCAUACAGCUGCAUCCAGGGGAAGCCUUCACUGUGUACCACACCAGCCCUACGCUGUCCAGUCUGUCCAAACCAGUGGUGCUGUGGACCCAACAGGACGUCUGCAAGUGGCUAAAGAAACACUGUCCACACUACCUAACCUAUGUAGAAGCCUUCUCCCAUCACGCUAUCACAGGUCGUGCAUUGCUGAGGUUGAACGGGGAGAAGUUGGAGAGGAUGGGCAUCUUCCAGGAGACACUGAGACAGGAGGUUCUACAGCAGGUCCUUCAGCUACAAGUCAGAGAAGAGGUCCGCAACCUGCAACUGCUCAGCAGAGCCUCUUUUGGAAACCUCUCUUAGCUCAUCCCUUUCCUGGUCCCUUUCUCCUCCGCUGAAACAAUACGUCACCAGUAUGUGACGUAUUGCUCCAGAUAUGUGACAGCAGAACUGGGCUGUAAAAAGGAGAGAACUGAAGAGGGGCGAGAACGGAGGAGAGACGAGUCUAUUUUCUCCAUGACAAACAGACUGAAGGAGGAUUCCCAUUCAACAAGGCCAAACGGGUUUAAACGAGGCGCGGCGGAGUGAGAGAGAGAGAGCUGGAGAAAGAGAGAGACAAUGAACUGCUGAAUAAAAGAUUACAUAGAGAAAAGAUGUAUGAACUGACGUUGACAUUGUAGACAAGUGAAUUUGCAAUUUGUAUUAUUAUAACUACAUGAGAUUCC